AUGAUAGUGCUUGUGUUUAUCGGCGUGUUCGCCAUUGUGUAUUAUAUAAAUUUUCGAAGAUCCCGCAAACGAUUGUACGAGCUUGCCGAACGAAUACCGGGCCCGUUCGACUAUCCGCUGAUUGGCAGUAUUCUGCUCACGCUCGGCAAAGAUCCACUGGAGCUGGUCGCCCAUCUGAUGGAGCUGAUGCAUCAUCUCCCUUCGCCGAUGCGGGCAUGGCUGGGACCGUACCUGCUGGUCGUUAUCGACCGGCCGGACAUGGUGCAGGACAUUCUCAGCUCGCCCGACUGUGUCCAGAAACCGUUCAUGUACGACUUCUUCCGCCUCAGCAAAGGUCUGUUCGGUGCACCGGCCGACGUAUGGCGAAAGCAUCGUAAGCUGCUCAACACGUCCUUUUCUCCGGCGGUGCUAAAAAGUUUCAUGCCAACUCUGAAUGCCAAAGCGGAUCGGUUUAGCCGCGACCUGAGCGAUAAAGUAUCGGGCGAAAGUUUCGACGUGCAUACACUGUUGGCUCGUUACACGUUGAUUACCAUCUCGUCGACGUCGCUGGGGGCGGACCUGAGCGUUGAGAAGCGGGAAGUGCUGGAAGAAUACACCAGUAACGCUAUACAAAUGUUUACCGCCAGCUUCGAACGCAUCUACAAAGCCUGGUUGCAUCCAGAAUUCCUGUUCCGAAUGACUUCCGCCUUCACGGAAGAACAGAAACGAUUUAAGCUUUUCAAACAGAUGUCCCGAAAGAUCAUAAACAUGCGGCAGGCCAUAGCAUCGCCGAGCAAAACCAACGACAGCCAGCAAGACUCCGACCCGGAGGACAAACAGAAGCUCCCGAGGGCGAAAGUUUUCAUCGAGCGGUUGGAGGAAAUUGCACGCGAUCCAGCCAACAACAUCGACGAGGACGGUUUCCAGCAGCACAUCGAUACGCUGAUGUUCGGUGGCAACGAUACCUCCGCCCAGGCCCUCUCGAACACGCUGCUAACGCUCGGCAUGUAUCCCGACUGGCAGGAGAAAGUGUACCAGGAAGUUAUGGACGUUGCACCGAGCGGACCGAUUUCGUACGAGGAUCUGUCCAAGCUCACCUGCAUGGAGAUGUUCCUGAAGGAAACGUUACGCCUGCUGCCCAUUACGGGACUGAUCGCACGCGUGCCCACGAAAGAGGUGCAAGCGAAGCACGUUACCAUUCCGUCCGGUGCCAUCGUUCUGGUGCCGUUUUUGAAAAUCCAUCGCGAUAAAACGAUCUGGGGCCCGGAUGCGGAGGUGUUCAAUCCGGACAACUUUCUCCCGGAACGGUGCGCUCAGCGGCAUCCAUACGCGUUCAUACCGUUCAGCCAGGGGCCGCGUAACUGCAUCGGCAUGAAGUAUGGUUGGAUCUCGAUGAAGAUUCUGCUGUGCCACGUGGUGCGUCAGUAUCGCAUCGCGACCGAUAUCAAGCUGAGAGACAUUAAGCUUUCACUGUCGCUCGUAAUGAAGUUGAAUACGAAACAUUUGAUCCGAUUGGAGCGCCGCCGUGCCGACCUCAUCGAUGUCCGAUGA